AUGGCUACACAAAAAAAAUAUGAUAUUGAUAAUCUUACCAUAGCUCAAUUAGGACAAUUUUCAAAAGCUGUAGAAGAAGAAAUCACAUUUCUUCAAGAAUCAUUAGAUCAAUUAAAACUUGUUAAAAAAAAGUUUGUCAAUAGUCGAGAUACUGUAAAAUCUGUUGAUCCUAAGGAAGCAAAUAAAAAAUAUUUAAUACCAUUGACAGAAACAAUGUUUGUUAAAGCAAAAGUUCCUAAUCCUGAUGAAUAUUUAAUUGAAAUUGGUACUGGAUAUUAUGUUCAAAUGAACAGACAAAAAUCAAUGGAAUAUUUUGAAAGAAAAGAAAAAUAUUUGAAUGACAGAGUUCAAGAAGUUGAAAAAAUUAUAAAUGAUAAAAGAGCAACUCGCCAAGCACUUGUUUCUACACUUCAAGAAAAAGUUGCAAAACAAGCAUCAACUACUAACCCACAGCCUGCUCAAGUUUAA